AUGACACUCCUCUUCCUUUACUACCUCAAGCUUCUCAGCCACCUAAAGAAUGUGCAUUUUAAAAAUUAUGAUGGGGAAGAUUUAUUUUUUGAUGACAAUGGUGAUAUAUCCUCUUACUCAAUUUUCAUUAACUGGCAAUUAACGGCAGAUGGUUCAAUGAAAAGUGUAACAGUAGGCUGGUAUAAGCCUUAUCAUCAGAAAGAUCAGCAAGUGUUCAUUAAUGACAGUGCCAUCUUGUGGAGUGGAGGUCACAAUGAGAUACCAAAAUCUGUGUGCAGUGAAGCCUGCUUUCAUGGAUACAGAAGAGUUACACGACGGGGGGAGCCGGCAUGUUGUUUUGAUUGUAUUCCUUGUUCUGAUGGAGAGAUUGCUAAUACAACUGACACCAGUGUCUGCACAAUGUGUCCAGAAGAUUACUGGCCAAAUACAGCAAAAAAUUUCUGCAACCUGAAAUAUAUCGAUUUCCUUUCAUAUGAAGAUCCCCUGGGUGCAUCUCUGGCAACAGUUACUGCCAUCUUAUCGUUGAUGCCAGCUAUUGUGUUUUGUAUCUUCAUUAAGCAUCAUAACACUCCAGUCGUCAAAGCAAAUAACCGUGAAGUCAGCUACUUUCUAUUGUUAACAUUACAGCUAUGUUUGCUAACUGCUCUAAUAUUUAUUGGUCGUCCAAAGAAUGUGACUUGUAUUUUCAGGCAGACAGCUUUUGGCAUAUUCUUUUCCAUUUGUAUUUCAUCCAUAUUGGCAAAAACCAUCACAGUAGUCAUUGCCUUUAACGCCACAAAACCAGGAAGCAGUUUGAAGAAGUGGGUUGGAUCAAAGAUGUCAUUUUCUACUAUAUUUUGCUGUUCUCUGUUUCAGUGCUUCAUAUGUGUUGUAUGGUUAUGUGUUUCACCACCCUUCUCAGAGUUUGACAAAAACUAUCCAGAGAAGACUUUGAUUCAGUGCAAUGAAGGUUCAAUACUUAUGUUUUAUUUUAUGCUAGCAUAUUUAGGCAUAUUAGCAAUUGUAUGCCUCAUAAUUGCUUUUAUUGCUAGGAAACUACCUGAUAGCUUCAAUGAAGCCAAAUUUAUCACAUUUAGCAUGAUUGUUUUUGUAAGUGUUUGGCUGUCAUUCAUACCAGCUUACAUCAGCACAAAGGGGAAGUACAUGGUUGCUGUGGAGAUUUUUGCCAUCCUUUCAUCCAGUGCUGGUUUAUUACUUUGCAUUUUUUCACCAAAAUGUUAUAUUAUUUUAAUUAGACCUGACAUGAACACUAGAGAUCACAUUGUAAGACAGCAGACCAAUGUUUAUAAAUCAUAA